CGAUAUAUAUCUCCGCUCAAAAUUCCCAAUUCCCAUCCCCGUUUCCGGUUCAUUUUAUGGAGUUCUUCGGAGAACCGGCCGGUCCGGGUUGGAGCCGGACGGAGGACAAGCUGUUCGAGAACGCGCUGGUGAUAUUCCCGGAGGGGACGGCGAACCGGUGGGCGCUGGUGGCGGGGCACGUGCCGGGCCGGACCCCACGUGAGGUGUGGGCCCACUACUGCGAGCUGGUCCAGGACGUCGAAAUGAUCGAGCAGGGCAGGGUCGAGGUCCCGGUCUAUGGCGACGGCGAUGACGACGACGACUACGACGGAGGCGAGGCCGAACCGUCCGGUUCGGACCGGACCGCACAGGUCGGCGGGUCGAGGGCGAGAGCCGAGGAGCGCAAGCGCGGCGUGCCAUGGACCGAGGAGGAGCACAGGCUGUUUCUGGAGGGGCUGGCGAAGUACGGGAAGGGGGAUUGGAGGAACAUAUCGCGGUGGGCGGUGAAGACGCGGACGCCGACGCAGGUGGCGAGCCACGCCCAGAAGUACUUCAUCCGCCAGAAUCAGAACGCCAGAGAGUCCAAGCGGAAGAGCAUUCACGACAUCACCAUUCCUUAAUUAGCAAACACAUAUAUAUAUAUAUAUAUAUACUGGAGAUCCUCCGGACCCAUGCAGCACUCGAUCUCUACUUAUUUUUACUUAAUUUGACGCUAGCUAGCUAGCUAGCUAGUUAUUUGUUGCAUUGUUGAAUAUUAUACAUACAUAUGUAU